AUUUGGCCGUCGUGUGCCUUUUUGUGUCUUCAUGAUCAUCGGUGGAGUUGCGUGUCUUCUUGUUCUUAUUGUUCCUAAAGACGAAGAACGAUUCAUCAGAAUUCUCGCUUUUAUUGGACGCGGCUUUGUUACGAUGUCAUUUUCAAUCUUAUAUCUGUAUAGCAGUGAACUGUACCCUACUUCCAUUAGGAACCUUGCUGUUGGGACUUGUUCAACUAUUGCUCGCCUUGGUUUUAUUUUGGCCUCCUAUAUUGUUAUGCUGUCGCAGUUACCCGGACUCAGUGUUAUUUUUCCGAUGGUUGUCUUUGGAGCAUUAGCUUUAACCGCUGGCCUAGUGAUACUUUGGCUUCCAGAGACUCUCAACUCAAACAUGUGUCAGACGUUGGACGAAACAAAUCGACAAAAUGAAUAUUAUGGGUUUAUAUGGAUGGAGAGACGUGUUAAUAUUCCAUUUUCAUUUUCAAGACUCAGGUCUCCAGGCGCUGCACAUGUGCGUGUUGUUUCCAACGAGGGGGUUCAAGUUGGGGAGGACAGUGACGGUGAUGAUGAUGAUACCGUGGACAAUGCUCCAUUGAUUACUUGACAGAACAUAGUCAAUGUUUGAUUUGAAUCAUAUUUAAUUUUAAAGAAGGAACAUGAUGACAAAGGUAAAACAAUUGUACAGUGUUUUGUAAUUCAAGGUAACCUUUUCCAGGCCUUCAGCGGUUGUCGGCAUGCAAGUGCGGAGGCUGGGGAGAGACAGGCUCUCUUACUUUGUUCGCAUGCCAUUGUUAACAAUCCAGAGCUUGGAAUGGGUUACUAUGGUCAUUGGUUAUCGUGUUUAGUUAAGUGCGAUCUAUAAUGGUAACUUAAUUGGGUGGGGUGGAAUUUGGUCUGUAAUCAUAGAGUUAUAUAAAAUUAGACGAGCACGCAGCGCAAGUUUGAUUUGAAAUCACAACAAUGAUUUCAGACCAAAAUUGCACUACAGUAAGUUCAUUUUACACUUUAUUGUAUACAUUCUGAAAUUGCAAAAUUCAUUCGCUCAAAUAUGGAUUUUUUAGUGCGUAGAAAUGAUUUAUUGAUUCAAUACUGAAAUGGUUAGUAAAAAGUUGCAAAAGUUUUCUUUCAUUUUCCUCGAAUAUAACUGGUCUCUUUAAAUAAGCCUUGAAAUCUGAUAGGUUGUUGUAAAAAGACGCGAUGUAGAGUAAAAUAUGGUGCGAUUCUUGAAUAAAAGCACCAACGAGAGCCAGUCAGAUUGCUAAGAUCAUCAUCAGUGAUUUCAAAAUGGAUGUAAUAGAUGUAUCAAUCGCACUGCUUGAAUUCAACAAAUUACAUAGAUCAUCAGACUUGAAAUUAUGUAAUGGAGCUAAAAACAUCCUUUUUUUAGCCUUCAUUUUGUUGUUAUAAGGUUUAUAUGAGGUUAUUUAUUAUACACUUUCUAUAGUUCGCACAACGCAUCAAGCCAAAGAUAUACGGUUAGAUACAGUAUGAAGUAGUUGGCACAAUUACACAAGUAAUUGUUUUGAUAUUGUGUUUUGCUAAAAUUCUUCAAAUUUUUUCUUACCUGUAAUUUUGAAUCUCUCAAUUUUAUAUCUCUUUUUAUUUGUAAUUAUAUUUUAAUUAUAUCUUGUUUUUCAAAUUAAGCGUUUAAAUUGUUUUAAAAUUAUUAAUUUUGACUAUACCGUGAAAUUAUACACCCCCAUCGUUAGCUCAACUACUAUUAAUGUGGAAGAUAUUUCACUUUUAUCUUGGAUGUUGUAGGGUAUAAAUUUUAUUAGGGAUCAAUUUUAUUUGUUUUCAACAGAAAUGUCUUUUGUAUAAUUAAGACGACGAGACAUUUCCAGAAGAGCAGAAUACUUAAUUCCCUAUUGUGUAAAAGAAUCAAAAAUAAAAAUCCUGUGUGGGCUUUAAAGAGCA